AUGUCCUACACCCCGGACGCUAGUCCCCGAGCGACGUCAGCCCCCGAGCAAGCCGCCGAGCGAGACAACGCAUCAAGCUCCUCCGGAUCGUCAAGCUCAAGCUCGAGCGGAUCGGGGAGUACCAGCGAGGAAGAAGAGGAGAGAGCCACGUCAAGCGGGCGGGGUUCUCCAACCGAGGGCGUUAGGGAAACGCCUACUCGGGUGGUUGGGGACCACACGGAAGCUGCUCCCCGAGGGGGUGAUCGAGAAAAUACCCCCGAGCAGACCGAAGAGGACCCGGCCGGGCCGGCUACACCAGCUGUCGAGCUCGAAUUCCUGAAUAGCGAGAGUGUCGAGCAAGAGAUGAGCCUGCUGACCAAAGGCAAAGCGGCUCGGAUUGCUGGAACACUCCGGGGUCGGGCAGAAUUCGACACGAGCCGGCAGCUGGGGAACGCCGAUCACCACAAGAAGACGGCUGCUCGUCGUCUAAAGGAGAUCAAGGAACUCCAGGCUGAGCUGGAGAAAACGCAGAAGGCCCUGAAGAAGGGUGACGAGGAGCGGGUGCUGGCCGAGAAGGUCGCCAGCCGGGCGAUUGGGGAGGCCCGGGAGCUGAAGGCUCAGCUCGAGAACCCGAGCGAGCUGGUGCGGGCGGCCUUCAAGGACAAGGAGGUGGGCACGGCCUUCCUAACAGCAGCCCGAGGAGACGAGGUCGGGAACGAGUUGAUCGUCUCGUUCGGGAAGUGGGCCUUUACGGCCGGGAAGCAGAAAAUGCUUGAACGCAUCCGCAAGCGGUUGGAGGAGGCCCUCGACGCUGAUGAUCUCCAACUGGUCUUGUCGGCCUUACCCUCGGACGUGGCAGAUCCCGGUCCCUCCCCCUUUACCCCGACCCCGAAAGCCAAGGUACCCGAGUCUGGGGCUUCGUCGGCGGCUGCCCCGAGCGGGAAAGAGGCGACCGCCGGCGCUCAGGAGGCGAAGAAGUAG